AUGACAACGUUGGAAGAUUUAUCGGUCGAAUUGUUCUAUGAAAUAUUCGCCUAUUUUCCGUUUCAUGAAGUGUUCAAUACUUUCUCUAACCUUAAUUCUCGCUUGGCUGCUAUCGUUAAUAACAUGCCGCUUACGUCUGUUUACUUGGGUUUUGGUACAAUGAAUAUAACUUUAACUGAAUUCUAUCAUACACAUUUGGCACAAUCGACUAUCAGCCGUAGUUUGAUCUCAUUAUGUGUGUCAGAUGAGUUCGCUUUUGACAAUGGAUUAUGGUUAUCCACACAUUUAUCUUCUUUCAUUCAUCUUCGUCAUUUAUGUUUAAUUGAUAUAAAACGUUCUGUAUUCGAAUUAAUGCUCAAUGAGUGUUUUUCUAACACUUCUCUCGCCAUGUUUACUGUACGAUUUACUAGUUUCCGUCGGGCGCUUUAUACAUAUAUAGGUGUACCUGAAGGUGCUUAUUAUGAAAGCAUCUUCAAAUUAUUUCCACGUUUACGUGUAUGUCAUCUAUGUUUUCUGAUGUGUAUAUACAAAACUUUGGAUAAACAAAUAGUUUUACCUAUCAAUGAAGUUUUCAUACCGAUUAAAACAUGCCAUCUUAAUUUACAAUCAAUUGUAAUUCGACAAUGUUCAUUACUCUUUCUGGUGCAUUUACUCAAACAUCUUCCACAAUUACAAGAUCUUAGCUUUCAUCUGUCUGCUCUUUGGUUACCUGAGAAACAUCCAUUAAACCGUUGUUCGAACAAUCGAAUUUCAACGAUUAAUAAAGACCUUGUUCCAAAUCUACGGCGUCUUAAAAUAAAAUUGGAACAUGGCAAUAGUGAUAUACAGUUACUCGAUCAAUUAUUUGAGCGCGAUGUUUUGCUUUUGUUGACGAGUUUCACGUUAUUGGGAUGGGUAGCUGCACCUGUAAUUGUUCGUAACUUACUUUCUAUGCUUUCCUCUCAGUGUUCAUAUACACUGAUGGUUCAUUGGCGUGUAGAAACUAUCAUAUCAUUAUCGGAUACCAGUACCAUUUUGUUAGAUACAUUUCGACAAUUACGAAGUCGACUACCAAUCGAAGUCAAAUUAUCUUUACGUAAUUACGGUUAUUGUAUUGCAGUUUCGACAACGACACAAACGAAAAGAUAUUUUAGUACUAGUGAAUAUCUGAGUGAAAACGACGUCUUCGCGCAAAGUCGACGUUCAGCUACCAUGCCCAUCAGCAUUUAUAGUCGUCCGAUAUGUUUUAAGGAACUAAGCAUCGCAUGUGAAGACAUAGAAAUGAAUGACAAAUGUCUCUUUUACCUACGAAGUGUUAACUCGUGGCACGAGAUUGUUUCAUUAUCGAUCCACGAUCCAUUGAGUUCAUGUCAGUUACGUUGUGAUACUUCGUUGUGCAAGAUUUUCAUGUCAAAUGGAUUACAAAAAUUAUAUCUUUAUACAGAUUGGAGAAUUGGAGAUUUGACAAGAGUCUUUUCUUUGAUCGUCAAACAAUUGUCAGAAUUACAAAUAAUAGAGUUUUGCUGUGAAAAUGGCGAUGAUAUUCAAUUUCCCGAAGCAUUAGACAUACUUAUAAAUGGUUUUCCAAAGUUAAAUUUUGUUAUUUGUCAUGGUGGUUUAACAGGUGGAGAUGAACAGCAUUCAAAAAUGCGUAGUAUUUGGAAGAAUAGUGUACGUUCAUAUCGAAUUGAUCAGUAUAUUCCAUAUGAAAUUGCCGAUGAAACAGUACUUUUUUGCUGGCUUCAUACUUCCUCUCCAAACAUAACAAAUAUGGCAAACUCGAUCGAUGAAAAAUCCAUUGAAGAUGAAAUCGAUUAUGAAACAUCAUCGGUUGAUACUUCGAUGCAUAGUGAACAUGUGAACAAAUCAUCGCAUUCAUUCUCAGAAUCAACGUCCAAUAAUAGUAAUGAUCAACUGAUGGAACCAAAUUUAGACGCAUGUCAAUUUCAAACAGAUAAACAAUGGCUUAAUUGUCAAUAUCAUGAUAAUGAAAAGAAAUCGAUCAAAAAGCCGAACGAACUGGAAAAUGAAAUGCAAGAUCCUCCGAAAAAUUAUUCGGAUGAUAUUUUUGAUCGUAUUCAAGGUUCGAUAUUUGGCAUGGCUGCCGGUGAUGCACUGGGUGCUCAUGUUGAAUUUCGACCGAGAGAAUAUUUGGUUCAGAAUCCUGUUGAAGAUCUUCGAGGUGGUGGAACUUGGGGUUUAGAAAUAGGACAAUUUACAGAUGAUACAUCAAUGGCAUUAUGCUUGGCAAAUUCGCUGAUAGCGCGUGCUGAUUUUGUACCCUACGACCAAUUAGUUCGUUAUAAAUGGUGGUAUCGUCAUGGUUAUAUGUCUUCAACAGGAACUUGUUUUGAUAUUGGUGCAGCGACGAGACAAUCAUUAGAAGAAUUUGAAAACAGACAGCGACAGUUUGCCAAAGAGAAUAAUAUUCCAUUAGAACAUAUUGAUUUUCUCUCCCAUGAUGACUUUUUAAAGAAUUUCAAUGUGUUAUGUAGUGAAGAUGGUGUUGCUGGUAAUGGAGCUCUAAUGCGUCUCGCACCUGUUCCACUAUUCUUUUAUAAAGAUCCAGCAAAAGCUGUUCUGUAUUCUGGUAUUAGUGGACAAAUUACUCAUGGUGAUAAAAAAGCUUACGAUGCUUGUCGAUAUUAUGGUGCUUUAAUUGUUGCUGCACUUCAUGGUGAAACCAAAGAACAACUGCUUGACGAUGAAUUUUAUGAAAAGCAUCAAGAUUGGUUUCAAGGUGAUGAGUUUGAGAAAGAGAUCUUACAUAUAUCCAAAGGAUCGUAUAAAAAACAAGGAGGUUACGAUGACGGAAUUCGCGGAAAAGGUUAUAUUGUGAAUGCUCUCGAAGCUGCUUUAUGGACAUUUUGGGCUGAUGAAAAUUCAUUUCGACAAGGUGCGUGUGCAGCUGUUAAUCUCGGUGAUGAUACUGAUACGACAGCAGCCAUUUAUGGACAGUUAGCUGGAGCUUAUUAUGGUUAUCGUAAGCUUCCGUCGGAAUGGACAGAGAAGAUUUAUGCAAAGAAAUUCCUCGAAAUUUUGAGCAAAUGGAUUGCCUAUGAAGGAGAACGAUGGACUUCAAAACUGACAUCGAUAUCAAUUCUUUCAAAAUUUACGAGCGCAUUACGAGACGUAUCAACAGAAAAACUUCAACUCUCGUCGUCAGAUUUGGAAUCAGAACCAAAAGUAACGAAUCCCAAAGUACCAGUAGAAGAAAUACAAGCAACAGACAAAACAGACGAGUCAACAUUUGUCGAUGUUGAAGAAACAAAAACACACCCUCAGCCUCAGCCUCAACCAGAAGUAUUGCGCUCAUCAUCUGAACCAGAUAAAUCGACAUCCAAAGAACCUAAUCCAGCUCAAGCACAACCACCAUUGGAAGAAUCUAUACUAUCAACUGACGAACCCGCGAUAGUACCAGAAAUGACAUCAACAUUAGAAGAAACACAGCCAUUAGUAGAAGAGCCUGAAUCACCAUUAAAUGAAUCCCAACCUUUACAUAUAGAUUCCAAGCCAAUCAUUGAAGAAAUACAAUCUCAACCCGAAGUAUUUGAAUCAGUAUCUGAAACACCGAAGUCAUCGACUAAGCAAGAACCCAAAGUAUCGUUUGAAACGCCCUUGUAUACAUCAUCAUCGUUAUCAAAGGAAUGGGAAGCAAAACCAGAAGCACCUAAACAAGCAUUUGAAGAAAGAAAAACAAUAAAAUAUGAGUAUCAAUCCCAUUCACCUGAACCAAUACGAUCGUCAACACAAUUCAUCUCAACAAGAAACGAUUUUAACAGACAAUCAGAUUAUGCUGAAGCUGAAAGAAAUCAUACCCAAUUCCCAAUGACAUUACCUGUUCAUUACACUAGCACAAUUAAACAAGAAUCCUCACGUCAAUCUGAUAACAUGCGUAAUGUUCCAGUGAAUUAUCAGCCAAAUAUUUUUCAAGGAAAUGAUCGUAGAUACGGUGAAAGACAGAAUGAUUAUAUGACUAAUGGAACAAAUCGUUCUUCCCAUACAUACAGUAAUUUUUCUUCGUCAAAAAGACCAUUGUAUCAAGGACCUAAUUUAGCUUGCUGGACGGAACAUGAUGUUUAUUAUUGGAUCGAUUCUAUGGGACCAGCUUAUAAAACUUAUGCCGAGCGUUUUCGAGCAGAACGAGUUGAUGGAUAUGGAUUAUUUCAAUAUGUUGGUGAAAAACUUCUUAUCGAGUUUGGAAUUUACAAUGAAGAACAUAAAAACAAAAUUCUCACUGGAAUUGCCACUUUAAAAAGUCGUCUUGGAACAAAACAUUAG